CUUGCCAUGACCACACUGCCUCCUUCUCAGAGUCCUGUGACUGCCACAGCCAGGUAGGCCUCCAACCUUGGGGCAGAUGCCUACUCCCCACAGUCAUGAACACACAAAGCAUGAGUUCUAGAAUCUUGGCAUAGUAGAGGUGCCCCACCCCCUCUGCCUCCACAUCCGUUAGAAGGAGCAUUGAGGAGUAGACACCCGCUUGCCAUGGCCUGUAGGCCGGGGGAUCUUCAAAGCCUUACAUCUCCGCUUUCCUCUGCCAGAUUAGAUUAUCAGCCGUAUAUUGAAGGGCCCUGGCUCCGGGCCUGUGGUCAGACCAACGUGUCCUGCAGGGUGGUGAAGGGGAAGCUGGUAGAGGUAGGCAAGUGGCCAUGGCAGGUGAGCAUCCUUUUCCUGGGCACGUACAUCUGCAGCGGCUCCCUCAUCCACCACCAGUGGGUCCUCACGGCUGCACACUGCUUGCAGAGAUACAAGGACCCCAGCCUGUACUCCGUGGUGGUGGGAGUCCACCAGCGCCCAGAAAAUGGCACUCAGCUCCCGCUCACUCGCAUGGUGAUUCAUAAGGAUUUCAGCAAUCUCAUGUCUCAGGACAUUGCCCUCCUAAAGCUCAGGGACUCCAUCUCGUGGUCCCCCUUCGUCCAGCCUGUCUGCCUCCCUAACAUCAAAUUCAAGCCAUCCAUUGGAAGCAUGUGCUGGGUAAUUGGCUGGGGAACUACAGGGAAAAAAGUGACCCCAAGUACCCCCUACAGUCUUCAGGAGGUGGCUGUCAGGAUCGUGAACAAUGACAUCCACAAACAGCGGUACCAAUUCCUCUUCUUGAAGGACAAGAAGAGCUUCAUCGGGAAUGAUGUGCUGUGUGCCCACUCUGAAUGGGGCUUGGACACUUGUCAGGUUGACUCUGGAAGCUCCCUUGUCUGCCAAAUGGACAAGACCUGGAUUCAGAUAGGAGUGGUGAGCUGCAGCUUUAGUUGUGGCCAGCGCCGCUUCCCAGGUAUCUACACCAGCACUGCCCACUUCAACCAGUGGAUCAGGACUGAGGUUGCUAACAUAAGGUUCAUCAGUAGGGCUGGCCCUGCCUUCCUGAGCCCAGUUUUCCUCACUGGCUACAUUCUGCUGGGCUCCUUGGGCUCCCUGUGGCUCCUGUGAGCGGUGUUUCAAGGACAGUCCCUCCCAGAGGCUGCUUCUCCCUCCCCUGUGUUCUACCCUCAGAAGUGGAGAUGAGAGGUUGCCCAGGACGGCAGGGCAGAGUGAGGGGGAGGGUCCGAGAGCCACUGUUACUUUCUGUUGUUCAGUGAAGAUGCUUUUGAACUUUGA